GUAAACAUGGUCUGUGAUCAAUGGCAACAUUUAAAUUGGCGGAUGCGCUUGCGUGAUGCCGGGUGCGUGUUAAUUUAGCAUCUAAAAUUGGCGUCUUUUUAGUGGAAAAGUGAGUUUUAUUUAUGUGGAAGUGUUGUUAAAUUAUCAUCGUUGAACAUUGAAAAUGGUUGCUCGAAGAGGUCGUGGCGGCAAAAACACACCGGCUAAGCCGAAGACAAAUCAACCUGAAGCAGCAGCUGAAGCCGAAGUCGCCGAACAGGUUGAAACUGCUGAAGAAAACAAUGGAGAGGCACCAGCAGAACAGACGGAAGACACCACAGGUGGUGAAGAAGGGGCAGAGGAACAGAGCGGACAAACCGAGGCAGGCGAUCAAAUCAAAGAGGAGCAACCAAAACCUGAAGAGCCAAAGGAAGAAAAGGUGGAAUCUGGUAAACUGCUGGUGGAGAACCUCCCCCCGAGCUAUCUCUUUGACUAUCAAGACAAGCUUAAAGAACUCUUUUCCAAGCAUGGAGAAGUCACCAGUGUUAAACGUGGUCCAAUCAUAGUAACUGAACUGACCACAACGCCAACUUUAUCGGCUAUAGUCGAAUUCAAAAACAAAGAUUCCCUGGAAAAGGCGCUGACGGAAGAGGGCACAGUGAUCGACGGCUGCGCGCUGUCCGUGGCGGUGGAGUCGCGCGCGGAGACCGCGGUGCUGGUGGGCGUGCCGUACGAGGCCAGCACGGACUACGUGCGUCUGCUGUUCGCGCAGUGCGGCGACAUCGCGCACAUACACGAGUUCAGCAAGACCAAGUACAAGAUAUUGCGCGUAACGUUCCACGAGAAGGAGGCAGUGGAGAAGGCACUGAAGCUGGAUCGCGAGCUGCGCAUCAACGGCUUCCUCGUCACCGUCUCCAAGUACCGUGAUGAGGACGAGCAGAAGGCGCACUCUGCUAACACCAACAAGAACAAGCGUCAGCACGCUCAGCAGAACCGCAACGCAAACAACGCGGCGCCGGCCGCCAACACGCCGCCCGCGCCGCGCCCCAACAACUUCAGACCGCGCGGCGGCGGCGGCGGCUUCAACGCGCGCGGCAACUUCCGAGGCGGUCGCGGGCGUGGUUUUGGCGCGCGAGGCGGCUCGUUCCCGCGCGGCGGCUUCGCGCCCGUCAACUCCUACAUGCCACCGCAGCCGUUCAUGGGACGCCCGAAUUACGACUACAUGUAGUAGUGCACUUGAAAGAGUGAAGAAUGCACACAGCAGGGAUACAUGAACGACGGGCAGCGGCCGAACAAGCGGCUCCGGCAGAUGUAACCGUGUGCGUGUAAUAUAAGGAUAACAUCGUUUUGUGCUCGUCUGUGUGUGUGUUUGUGCAGUGAGUGUGAGGGGACUGAACGCGGAUAAAUCUAGCUAAUUGUAUUUACUAAGUACACCAGAUAAAAUAUUGAUGAGAUAUUAAUUUUAAUAAGUGUCUUUUUUGACAGGUAAUAAAUAAUUACUAACAUUU